AAGAGGAGGGGUUUCUUCAAGCUAUUUUUUUCCUUAGACUGCAAAAACUUAAAGUUCAACAUGAUACUUUUUAAACUUUUAAUUCUGCUCAUAGCUUUGUCAGCAGCACUGGGUCUGAGAUGCUACUCAUGCACAGCAGCCGACCCCAAAUCCUGCACUGACUCCAAAGCCUGUGCCAGCCUUUUCAACCGUUGUUACACAGUCAGAGUGGGCAGUUUUGACAUGGUUACCAAGGGCUGCCAAACCAGUGCACUGUGUGGGGGUCCCGUGUCCUGCUGUGAAGGGGAUCUGUGCAACAGCAGCGCACAACCUGGAUCCAGUUUCAUCUUGAUGGUUCUGACUUCAGCCACGUUCCUACUUUUUCACUAACAUUUGAGAGGAAAAGUGUUUUUCAUGGAACAUAUUGAAUAACUAAAAGAGAAAUAAAGACAUUUUCUGUUGAAGCUUUGGUUGUCUGUGUGGCCUUGCAAUGGACUGCUGAACCGUCCAACGUGUACCCCGCCUUCACAAAACAGUAGAUGGGUAGACUCUAGAAACCCAAUGACUCUGAGCACGACUAGAAAGGUUUAUAAAAUGAAUGGAUGAAGCAUUUUGAUGAUGAACUUGAAAGUACAGUUAUGUAUGGAUUUCCAGGAAAUGUAAAAGAUUAGAGAUGGAGUCAAUGUCGACAUUAGUAAAAAUAAUAUUUUUCACAUUUACAAAACAAUAACCAAGCAUUCCCUGAAAAGUCUUGGGUUGGACUUUGUGAAUACAUUUGAUAGAAUCUUGGAAAAAAAAGGAAUACAACCAUUGCAAACAAAAGCAUUCGAUUAUAUUGACACGUUAUUAUGCCGGUAUAUGCCCAGGUCCCUGAAGAUCCUCAUCUAAGAGAUAAAAUGAACUAAGAUUACAAACAAAAAACUCAAUUAUCUUGUUUGGUUCACCGUGUAACUGUUGUAAUAAAGUGCUUGAUAACAGCUAACGGCUGAGGUUUAUCUGAUGGGUAUCUUAGGUCAAAAGACGAAGGCCUGAGGACAAAAAAAAAAAAAAAAAA